AUGUCGUCCACGUCCGCCAGCGCAGAGAAGGGCCCCGCGCCCUGGAAGAGCACCUUUCUAUCGCACCUAUCCAAGCUCGACUCACCCGAAUUCGUCCUUUCCACGGUUCAGAAGGCCCCUGAGGGCUCUGCGGUUCCGUAUCUCCCCCGCGCGCGGUACUGCAUCUUCCGCGGCUUCUGGGCGGAGCUGCCAGAGAACAAGCACAACCCCGCGCCCAUGAACGAGCGCGUCUACGAGAGCGACCUGCCGACGUUCACGACGGACAUUCGCAUGCUCAAGGUGCCCCAGAUCUUCGGCUCGAGCCCCGGCCAUGCGAGCAGCGAGGAGCAAUGGCAGGGCAGCGGCGGAGGCGGCCCUGUCGAGGCCGUCUACUGGGUGUCGCCUGCGAUGACGCAGUGGAGGAUCAAAGGCGACGCAUUCAUAAUCGGGCCAGACAUUGAAGGAGGCGGCGAGGAGAGCUCAGGCGUGCGCACCGUCAAGAGCGAGGUUGGCAAGAGAAUGAGGGUCGUCAAGCCCGGGAGCGAAGCGGACUGGAGCUGGGCGAAGGAGGUCACCGGGCACUUUGGCAAUACUUCCCCUGCCUUGAGAGGUAGCUUCCGCGCACCGCCUCCGGGGAGGCCGGUCACCGAGCCGUAUGACAAGGAAAACCUGAAGCUGGGGACCAAAGUCGAGGACUUGCAUGACCCCGUGGCACGCAAGCAUUUCAGAGUGGUUGUGAUCAGGCCGCAAGAGGUGGAACAGACGGAUCUGAGCGAUCCAGAGAAGGCUAGACGCUACUUGUAUACAUAUCAAGAGAGCACGGGCGAAUGGAAGAUGCAGGAGCUGUGGCCAUAG